GCUACACCAUUAGUCUUUCUUCUGUACUCCGUGCCGAAAGAAAGAUUGACUAUGGCGGACGCUGCUCCAGCCGCACGUGGUGGUUUUCGUGGAGGUUUUGGGGGUCGAGGUGGUGAUCGUGGAGGUCGCGGUGGACGAGGAGGAAGAGGUCGCGGUCGUGGACGUGGCCGUGGACGUGGAAAGGAAGACGCCAAGGAAUGGGUUCCAGUUACCAAAUUGGGUCGUCUCGUAAGAGACGGCAAAAUUCGCACCCUGGAGGAAAUUUACCAUUUCUCCCUUCCCAUCAAAGAGUUCGAAAUCAUCGACUUUUUCCUUGGCGCUGCUCUUAAGGAUGAGGUUUUGAAGAUCAUGCCCGUCCAGAAACAAACCCGAGCUGGACAACGGACUCGUUUUAAGGCUUUCGUCGCCAUUGGAGACAGCGCCGGCCACAUUGGUUUGGGUGUGAAGUGCUCCAAGGAAGUAGCGACUGCAAUUCGAGGUGCCAUCAUCCUCGCUAAAUUGUCGGUCGUUCCUGUGCGUCUUGGCUAUUGGGGUAACAAAAUCGGUAAGCCCCAUACAGUACCUUGCAAGGUGACUGGCAAGUGUGGAUCCGUCCAGGUGCGCUUGAUUCCCGCACCCAGAGGAACGGGAAUUGUGUCUGCUCCAGUACCGAAGAAGCUUCUGCAGAUGGCGGGUAUAGAGGAUUGCUACACCUCCGCAAGGGGAUCCACUUGUACUCUUGGUAAUUUCGCCAAGGCUACCUACGCUGCCAUCGCAAAGACGUACGCGUACUUGACCCCAGAUCUCUGGAAGGAUGUUCCUCUGCAAAAGGCUCCUUACCAGGAGUUUGCUGAAUAUCUGAGCAAGAAUCAUCGCCCCAUUCAAGGCUCCAGACCGGCCGAGACUGUUUAAAUGAAUAAACUACAGCCUCCCUGAAUGCUAAA